AUGCCCCAACAUAUCCAAAUAAGAGCAACCUACCGCGCCCUCCUCCGCGAACUCCCAAAAAGAACCCUAAACACCCCCAGCCCAAUCCACCAAUCUCUGCGCAAAAUCUUCCGCUCAGAGCCGAAUGCUACCACAACCACCACAUCUACAUCCACAUCAUCCAGCGUGCUCCCCUUUUCGACACCCAAAACACCCGAAGAAAUCACCCUCCGCGUGCAAGAAGCCGAACAACUGGCUCAGUAUGCCCGCGCUCAGCGCUCAUACUGUGAAUUGCUUGAGCGGUAUAACCCCGGCAUGAGCAUGGAUGAGGAGGAGAAGAUUCGUCUUACAGCUCGUCGGGUUGGCUUUGAUUUGCCUCAGUUGCAUACUGCUGAGGAGAAGACCGAGUAA